AUGUUCGGCAACGACUACAACGCCUUUCAGGAGAUCAACGAGGAGAUUGCACCGGAACAGUUGCAGAUUCUCAAGAACCAGCUCGAGCUGGAAAACCCACAAACACCAGAUUCGCAGUUCAACUAUGCGUGGGGGCUUCUCAAGACCAAAAACUCGAGACAACAGAAACAAGGAAUGGAUAUCUUGACAGUGCUCUACAGGGACGUCCCCAGAAAAAGAAGAGAUUCCUUAUACUACUUGGCCUUGGGAAGCGUCAAAUUGGGAGAGUAUCUGAAUGCCAGAAGAUAUGCUGAGGCGCUUCUAGAGAAGGAACCGAACAACUCGCAGUUCCAGUCGCUCAAGAAGGCCAUUGACGACAGAGUCACCGAGGACGGGCUCAUUGGGCUUGGAGUCGCUGGAGGCGUGCUUGCAGUGGGACUCGGGAUUAUGGGAGCCGUUCUUCGGAAAAAAAGGUGA